CUCUUCCCCCUUUAAAUCCCCACCCCUCCCGUCUCCUCUCCGCUCAUCCAAAUCCUCCCCUCCUGCCAAGCGAUCCCCGGAAAGUUUCCGAUCGAAUCGAAGCCAAGGCUUUCUCCUCCACCUCCGAGAUGCAGAUCUUUGUGAAGACCCUCACCGGCAAGACCAUCACCCUUGAGGUUGAGUCCUCUGACACGAUCGACAACGUCAAGGCGAAGAUCCAGGACAAGGAGGGCAUCCCCCCGGACCAGCAGCGCCUCAUCUUUGCUGGGAAGCAGCUUGAGGACGGCCGAACCCUCGCUGACUACAACAUCCAGAAGGAGUCCACCCUCCACCUGGUGCUCCGCCUCAGGGGUGGUAUGCAGAUCUUUGUGAAGACCCUCACUGGCAAGACCAUCACCCUGGAGGUUGAGUCCUCUGACACGAUCGACAACGUCAAGGCAAAGAUCCAGGACAAGGAGGGCAUCCCCCCGGACCAGCAGCGCCUCAUCUUUGCUGGCAAGCAGCUUGAGGACGGCCGCACCCUUGCUGACUACAACAUCCAGAAGGAGUCCACCCUCCACCUGGUGCUCCGCCUCAGGGGUGGUAUGCAGAUCUUCGUGAAGACCCUCACCGGCAAGACCAUCACCCUGGAGGUUGAGUCUUCGGACACCAUCGACAACGUCAAGGCGAAGAUCCAGGACAAGGAGGGCAUCCCCCCGGACCAGCAGCGCCUCAUCUUUGCCGGCAAGCAGCUUGAGGAUGGCCGAACCCUUGCUGACUACAACAUCCAGAAGGAGUCCACCCUGCACCUGGUGCUCCGCCUCAGGGGUGGUAUGCAGAUCUUCGUUAAGACCCUCACUGGCAAGACCAUCACCCUGGAGGUUGAGUCAUCUGACACCAUCGACAAUGUGAAGGCAAAGAUCCAGGACAAGGAGGGCAUCCCACCGGACCAGCAGCGCCUCAUCUUUGCUGGUAAGCAGCUUGAGGAUGGCCGCACUCUGGCGGACUACAACAUCCAGAAGGAGUCGACCCUCCACUUGGUGCUCCGCCUCCGUGGUGGCCUGUAAGUGCUUGGCCAUGGAGCUGCUUAUGUCUCUGGGCUCACAAUUUAGCUGUCUUUGAAUUAUCGGCGUGUCCGUCAUCUGGUCUAGCGUUAUGUUCUUCGUUGCUACUGUGUUGUGGUCUAGCGUUAUGUUUGGUUGUGUCCCAUGAAUUUCUGUGGUGCAGCAGAUUUGGAUGAACUGUGGAAUGAAUGAAUAAGUGAGCCCUAAACUUGUCUCCUUUUACCGUUUGUA